AUGAAACGGAAACAUGAUACCGUCCCAGACACGAUGAUGCAGAGAUGGUCUCGACCACCUCUCUCAUGCCGCCUUUGUCGAACGAAAAAGCUGCGGUGUGAUCGUACCCAGCCCUGUCCGAAUUGUGCCUUGAGGAAUGUACCUUGUGAGUACUCCGGUCCAUCGGACUCUCCGGACGAACUGCGGGGAGGGCUUUUGCGUAGCAGUCAGCCCACUGCUGCCACAGUCUCCACAUCACAAGAGUCUAUCAGUGUCCAGGUACAAGAAUCGAGCAGUGAGUGUGGUACUCCGUUUUCAAUCUUGUCACAGUCAUCCCAAAGACGUCUGGCCGGCCUUGAUGACUGUCUGCGAGACACGAAAUUUGUGUCCAGAUGUCUUCCCCCGUGGACUCAAGCUCGGCAACUACUGGAUCAGUUUAUCAUGACCAUCCAGCCGACAUUUGGAGUCCUCCAUGUUCCCUCUACCAGAACCCUGGUAGAAAAGACUUACAAAGACAUGGCUGAGGGUGAGGAACCAAGUCCGGCAAUUAUGGUGCUGCUGUUUAGCAUAUUUGCUGGUGCUGCUUUGGUUGCGACGCCCGAAGUCCUACAAGUGUUCAACGCCACCAAAGCAGAGGCCAAGGGAGCUUUCACGACAUACACGCGUCUAGCGAUUGCUAUCAUUGAUAAUCCCAUUAAACCCGUGCCUCCGUCAACGACGGCCCUUGAAGCCAUUUGCACCUUAGCCCGUGUCCUCUCACAUGAGGACUGGUAUUCCCACAAAGUCCCAACACUCAGAGCCAGCGCAAUCUGCAUGGCUCGAGCGAUGCAAAUCCACCGUUUAGACACAGCUAAGAAUCGCGAGGAGAGGGAACGCUCCGGCUAUGAUUUGGUCGAGCUCGAAGUCCAAAGACGAGUAUGGUGGCACUUGGUAUCGACUGACUGGAUAACAGCGUUCUCGCAAAGCCCUCAUGAAGGCUCGUACCUCAUAAACCCAGAGCACUUCCAAGUAAACCACCCAAGCAACAUCGACGACAGCUGGUUAGCAAGUGGUGGACGAGAGUUCAGCUUCCUCCCAAAAGUCCCAACCUCAAUGUCCAGCUUUAUCUUCCGAAUCCACUACGCAGAACUAUGCCGCGAAGUCGUCGACAUACUAGGCCCCACUCUCCUCGAGUCCAAACAACCCAAUUACAACACAGUCCUCGAAAUAGACCAAUGGUUCCACACCUUCAUCGACUCCAUCCCGGCCUUCUUCCGUAUCGACCCCGAAAGCCUAAAAGAAAGCGAGGGAACUCUCGAAGAGUUACCCGCCCUCUCCUGGCAACGAACCCUGGGCCAUCUAAGCUUCCACGUCCGCCUCUGUCGCCUUCAUCGCCCCUUUCACCGCGAAGGCAUAACGGACCCCAGAUACGAAUAUUCGCGCACAACGUGCAUUCGCUCCGCCAAAACCGUCCUCGACCUUCACCGCUCGCUAAUAAAGGCCGGUAAUUCCGCUGCCUCCAACCCCUUCGAAUACGGCCUCGUCAUGAAUCACGUUUUCUUCGCCGCGAUGAUCCUAGCCACCGACGUGUCCAUGUAUCCGACUGCCUUUGGGGCUGAUAUCCGCAAGCAGGAGGUCUUGGAUGUGAUCCGCUUACUGGAGGAAUCACAGCACGAGUCCCCCGCUCUCAUGGAAGCCAUUCAGAAAAACAUGCAGACUUUGUUAUCAAUUCUCCAUGGCUCACACCAACAACACUCAGGGACACCUUCAAGGGACGCUGCCGCUACCGGACCCUCCAGGAUGUCAGCGAGUGCUCAGGUGCAGCCGCAGUCGUCCGAUGUAGGAACUGGGGAUGGGACCAUAGUAGCCGACGGAAAUGUUCCUCCCUUGGACCAUAUGAGUGGCUCUAAUGAGGACGUCAUGUGGAGCGAAGCUGGAAAAGAAAGUUGGGGCCAGCUGUGGUCUGAUCUCUUUGAUGUGGCACCGGAAAUGAAUGGACUGCAGUGGGAUCUGCUGCUGAACGAUUCUGAUUUGCCCCUUCAAACAAACUUCUACUGAAGGAAGCGAACAUAGAAGGCCCCAUGACCUGGUCUGUUCCUGUGGCUGACAGCUUUGUGUUCAUACCUUAACGCAGAACCCAGAUUCGGGUUUGUAAGGCAUGAAACGAGCAGUGAUGAUACAACGCGACUUUCUAUACAAGAGUAGCUAUUAUACGGUUGAACCUAGAUACAGACGCC